UUCUUCUGACAGUUUGAUUUUAAUUUGGCGCAAGAAUUGGUAAAAAAAACCAUUUCAAGUAGAAAUAUUUUUUCUUCCAAGAUUUUUGGGUGUAUAGGAAUUCUUUAGCACCCAUGAGUUUUGACGACACUAUCAAUGCAUAUUUCGUCACCACAGAUACUGUGGAAGACCGCAGCUCAACAAAAUGCAAGGAUUUGGAAACGGCAUUUAAAUGCCUGCAAAACCAUAUAGCUGAAGAAAAUAUACGGCAGAUAAAUGCUAGUGAGGGUUACCCGCUCAUAGCCUCGAGGCAACUAACAAAAAAAGAUGUAUUCGUGUUCGAUCAGUUUGAAGGUGAUUUUUUUAAACAACUCCAGCUAACAAAGUCGCUCAUAAUAGGCCCACGAUGCCUUAUAACCUGUUUGCAAAACUCUCUACCUGUACCUCUUGGCACAAGUCCAAUCUAUACAACAGCAAUGCGCGACUUGCAAAUAUGUGCAACUGGUAUUGCGUUAGACCAAAAAGAACGACUACGUACGUAUAUACAAUGGAUGGGUGGUUAUUACUUCCAGAAUCUUAGUCGGCCGGUUACACAUCUUAUAUCUAACACAAUAAAGUCGACAAAAUACGAGCAUGCGACGAUGAACGGCAUACCGGUGAUGCACGUCGAUUGGGUACAACGGGUUUGGGAGCGCAGCUGUAUUGAAGAUGUGUCAGCAACAGAUGAAGAAUUCGAUAAGUAUAAGCUACCUAUCUUCUUUGGCACGAACAUAACAUGUACAGGAUUGGAAACGGAAAAGAAAAAUGAGAUAAUGCGUUUAGUGAAUGAGAACGGUGGCACAUACCACUGUGCAUUUCGUUCAGCGCUGGUCGAUAUAGUCAUUACUGAGAGGGGAAAUACAAAUUCCGACAAAUAUAAGGCAGCUGUGCGUUACAAGAAAGAUAUUCUUUGUCCCGAAUGGAUAUUUGAUAGCGCAGAAAAAGGCUUCGCGCUGCCUACAAAGGGCUAUCAAGUUAAAUCUUUGAAGGUAUCUACUCCAAUUAAAGGAGAUCGCAGUAUUGCAGAUUUCACGCAGUUGUCGGAUACAUCACGUAUAAGCGUUAUGGCUAGUUCCGCGCGUGUCGGAUCUAUGACUGUUAAUGACACAAUUUGUAGUGGUUUAAAUGAAACAGCAAAACAAAAUGAUGGGACAUUUGUAGCGCCAACUACCCGUUUAACUGGAUCAAAAGAUUUGCAAAGGGAAGUACACCGCAAGCAGGGAGCAGCAGUUCACUACCGUUUGGUGUAUGAAGAGAUAUGUCCCAAGCAAGCGAAAAAAGCUGGUAAUUUUCUUGAUGGAUGCUGCAUUUAUUUAAGUGGCUUCCGUUUAGAAGAGAGGGAAAAGUUAAAUAGAAUACUUAAUGUUGGGGGUGCAACGCGUUAUGAUGUCGUGAAUGAGAAAAUUACACAUAUUAUUGUUGGCCAACUAGAUGAUGGGGAGUUACGCGCUUGGCAACGUGAUGGCAUAUUGACAACUGUAAAUAUUGUUCGACUUGAUUGGCUACUUCAAAGCAUUAAGCUGAAGCAACCGGCCAGCGAAGUCGUUUAUCGGAUGUCACUUCCAACGACCCGUGAGCCAGACGCGCCUUCACCCUCCAGCAAAAAAACUUUACGCUCUAUGAAUAAAAGUUUCAAACAACCAGAUAAGCCGAAAAAGAAGCUCUUUGAACCGGAAGAGAAAUCUGCCGAAACAGCGGAGACACCCUCAGCUGCAACCGAUUUACCCUUAGAAGAAGAAGAGCAACAUCUCAUUGCACAGUAUUCACAAGAAAAUGAGCCAGCAGUUGCAGUACCAAAUCCCAUUGUGGCCAUUAAACCAAACAAUGUUGCAAUGGAUUCAACAUUAACUGCACCCAUGGCUUCGUCAACUUUAAAGGCGGUAGUGAAUAUCGUUCCCCCGCCUGCAUCUACUACAUUAACUCAGAAUGAGAAUUCGGCAAAGAUCAACAGUGAAAUUGAUUUUGAUAAUUUGGACUUCUUCGAUGGCAAGUCUCUGUACAUCGAUCGCGCUCAUUUCCCUGAAGAAUUCUACUCCCAAAUGCUAAGCGAAUGCGAAGCAGCGCAUGGCGACAUAGUACCGCCCACUUUCGUAGAUAUGGUUGACUAUGCAAUUGUGUCGUUUGAGCGCACGUUAAAUGCACGCGAGUUGCCGGUCAAGGCACGCCACAUUGUAACGGAUCUGUAUGUGGAAAACUGCAUGAAACAAAAUAAAUUGGUGCCCAUAGAAUAUUUCCAUCGUCACGUGCCGCACACGGCUAACUCGCAACCCCUAGAAGGCAUGACUAUUGUUAUUUCCAUAUAUACUGCUUUGGAAUAUGAUUUUAUUGAUUCUGUGGCGCAAUUGCUGGGUGCCACUGUCAACCGCGUACUGGCCAAAAAAGAACGCCCACUUCUAAUUUGCCCACGCGCAGAAGGUUCUAAAUAUGAGGGGGCCAUUAAGUGGGGUUAUCCCGUAGUGACAUCUGCAUGGCUGGUGCAAUGCGCUGUAGAAGGAAAAAAACUACCAUUUCAGCACUACCUAGUGGGCAACAGUCCAUCCGAUUUCCCUGUGUCACCAACUUUGCGUGAAAAAAAUUUGCCCAAUCCAACAGUGUGCACACCUGCAACUUCUGCCAUUGAACCUAUGGAUACCCAAGAAAAUGCAGAAAAUGAUCUCACUAAAGGAGUGACUGCAGCAAAAGAUUUCACUCCUCUUCGCAAUAAACGUGUCACCGAAUUGGCAGGGUCCUUUUCUCGACCAUCUGUGCCCAAUAUAACAAGUAACACUCCAACUACGCCUGACUCUCCUCAUACCCCUACAAACACGUACGGUCGUUCUUCCUGUAAUUUUGAAUAUUUAGAGGGUGUUGUGGCUGAACUGGAUAACGAAGAUGCGCGUGCUUGUCUUCGUGAACUAAUCGAAGAGAUGCGCAACAAUCAGACGCCCGAGUUGGAACGAAUCCGCCGACAGGCAUGCACUCCAAUCAAUCGCAAGUUGCCCACACCGAAAGGAAUUCCAGAUUUUUGCACUACACCCGAAUUUCAAAAACGAAUAGCUGAUGCAUUUGAACGACGCUGGCGCUUGCCAACAAAAAAACUAAAGGUUGACACACCUAUAGAAGAGUUGCGACACCGUGUCGUGGUAUCCACAUGUGCGGCUCUAGGCGUCCCAUUUAGUGAUACCGAAGAUACGCCUAUGACCAGUGCCCAAGCAGCUAUGAAAGCUUUGGCUGCAACAGCAGAAAUGUCGGCAUUGGCGGCACUAACGUCAAAUACGUAUAUAAGUCCCAAACGUAAAUCUCCUAACGCCUCAAACAAUGAGUCGCGCUAUCAACAAGCGGGCGUAGUGCCACGCGCAAUCUUUGCCACAAGUUUAAAUAACAGUCUGAGCACAAGCGCACAACGUUCAGCGCGUGUUUCAGAAGGCGAUGCUUUUGUGCCGAGUACUCAAACGCCUACCAGAAGCGGUAGCUUGGGUGCUGCCGAGUCUCGAAUGGUGCAGCACGCAAGCUUUGGCAAAUCGACGUUAGAUUUUGACAAAAUUAGUUUCGAAAACACUGAAACGGACACUGUGGCAUCCCAUAGCAAAAACACGCAUAAUCAAAGUGGUAUCCGCUCAGCAUCGGCCCUGGCCACAUCAUCACCAGAACUGCAGAAAAUCACUGAGUAUCUCAAAAAUUGUGAAUCUCGCAGGCAGAGCCUAAAAGAAUCGAGGUGCACAGCUGGUGUGGGAAAUGCAACUGGUAGCGGCAUCCCUGAGAGUGCAGACAAUAUGGUCGAUAAUAUAGAAACAGGUGGGCCGGCGUAUGGUGCAGGAGAGACGGAAACCCAACAUUACGUGCAACCCUUUGAAUCGGAACAAUUUGGCGUUUGCACUGAAAACAUGGUUGGUUGGCGCGACCCUGUGGAGUUCGGCAGGGAAAGGCGCUCGAAGGCAUCACCAAGCAUGCAGUACAAGGGCACACCACGCUUCAGCAUUUCAUGUGUAGACGAGGACAUACGUAACGAUGUUAUCAACAAAAUUCAUAAACUCGGCGGAACUGUAUCUGAGAAUCUUGUCAACUUUGACCCUGAUUGUACACAUUUUAUUUGCGAACGGCCAAAUCGCGGCGAGAAGAUGCUCGGUUGCGUCUCAUCAGGUAAAUGGGUGCUCAGCCUCAAAUAUAUAGAAGAGUGUUACGCAAAGGAUGUUUUUGUUGAUGAGGAACUAUAUGAAUGGGGCAACAGCAAAGCAUUAAAUUUGCCACAGUUGACACCAGAUGAGCAGCUUUUGUCCUUGGCGGUGCAUCGUUGGCGCAAGAAGCUCAAUGGUGCCACAUCUGCUGAUGGGAAGAAGUUGGGAGCCUUUAGCGGAUUUCGUAUUAUACUUCAUAUUGCUGAACGUAAUUCAGAGGCGGUGAAGAACGUUUUGCGUGCCGGUCAUGCCGAGGUGUUGGCGGUGCAGUCGCCAUUCAGUGCGUGCAGUGCUGCGAGAAAUGUGACGCAUUGUUUCGUGGAUGUGAAAAAAGCACCACUGACACGCGCCGAUUAUGAAUACUUGCGUACGCUUGGUGUACAAAUCUACUCACAAAUGUACAUUAACGCUUAUCUAAUGUAUGGCGAGGAUGUAGAUGCCGCCAAGUAUGAAAUCCAAAUUCAAUAGUUUGAGUUGAAAAAUCGAAGGAAGUGAGACACAAUUCAAUAUUUGGUAAAUACGUAAAAUGUGUCUGUCGUAUCUUAUUCGAUUAAGGUGUACAAUUUUUAUUUUUGAUGAAAAUCAAUAUAUAAUGAAUUACUUAACUACACAAAAGACGUUUUUUAAUAG